UCCUCCUGCUUGGAGCCAGUGGGGUGACAAAUGCUACAAGCAACUCAGCGAGAAUCUACCAUGGGCUGAGGCAAAACAGGAGUGCAUCAAGAUAGGAAGCGUCUUGGUCAUGCCGCAGUCUCAGGAGGAAACUGAGUACCUUCGGGAGAACCUAAGCAUCUGGUUUUGGAUCGACUGUAACGAUCUGGAAGGUUCGUGGGAGUGUCGGGAUGGUACUACCGAUGUGGUGUACACCGACUGGGGGCGGGGUGAACCUAACAACGGCCACAGAGAAGACUGUGCGGUGGCGACAGAUAGUGGUGUUUGGAAUGAUGUAAAAUGUGAGGAUCGCGCUCCCGUUAUCUGCAAACGCCCAGCACCACAGCUGCAAUUUUAA